AUGCCGCUUCUGCUAACACUACUCCUACUACUCCUACUACUCCUACUCCUACUUACUACUACAACAACAACUACUAUUACUGCUACUACUGCUGCUGCUGCUGUUGCUACUACUGCUCCUCCUCCUGCUACUACUGCUGCUGCUGUUGCUACUACUACUUCUCCUCCUGCCACUACUAAGAAUGCAAUAUUGGUUUCCAUUGAUAAUCAGGAAGAAGAAGAAGAAGAAGAAGAAGAGGGAAUUAACUUGCAAGCUUUAAAAAACAUCAGUUAUUCAUUCAGAUUUAAAUUUUAUAUCAGCAAAGCCAAGAAGCAUUACGAAAGGUUGAGUAUCAAACGUCCCAAUGAUAGUCAAAAUUGUACAUGUUCUUUUCCAUAA